AUGAUAGGUUGCUCGCUAGACCCCCCAGUUCCUUCUAUGACCCUGUUUACAGAUGCUUCUCUGACAGGCUGGGGAGCUACCCUGGAAGGCAGAGAGGCAUCAGGUAUAUGGUCCGGUCUCCAGUUGACAGAACACAUCAAUUUACUGGAGAUGCGGGCUGUUCUUCUGGCAUUGAAACACUUUUCCCAAUUUGUUCAGGGUCAAUCUCUGAUGAUAGCCACAGACAAUACAACAGUAGUGGCUUAUCUGCAGAAUCAGGGCGGCACACAUUCUCAGUCUCUUUACCUUCUGUGCAAAGAAAUUCUGUUGUUUUGCCGUUCCCUGGGAAUUCGCUUGUCAGUCAGGCAUGUUCCUGGCAAUCUGAAUCUAGUAGCGGAUGCUCUCUCAAGGUCACUGCAUCCAGUGAAUACAGAAUGGGAGUUACAUCCAGCAGUCUUUCAGGAGAUCUGUCUCAAGUGGGAUCGUCCUCAUAUAGACCUCUUUGCUACGCAUCUGAAUUGCAAACUGCCAACGUUUGUGUCUCCGAUUCCAGACAACAAAGCUUUAGCAGUGGAUGCAAUGUCUUUCGAUUGGAAGGGGAUGUUUUCUUACAUGUUUCCUCCUUUUCGCCUCCUUCCCAAGAUUUUACACAAAAUCAGGGUAGAAAUUUGCAAGACCAUUCUUAUUGCUCCAGCAUGGCCAAAACAAUCUUGGUUUCCAGAUCUUCUUCAACUGUGUUGUGCGAGACCAAUUCUGCUUCCUCUCAGGAAAGAUCUUUUGUCUCAAUUCAAAGGCAGGAAAGUUCAUCAGAAUCUUUCCAACCUCCAUCUACACGCAUGGUUACUGUCAGGGAAUCUCUCAGACAGGAUGGCUUUUCUGACAGAGCAGCCAAACGUAUCUCUAGUUCAGUCAGAAAAUCUACAGGAGCAAUUUAUGACUCUAAGUGGAACAUCUUCUGUUCUUGGUGUCGUUCAAAGGAAAUUGAUCCUCUCGCAGUUACUGUCCAACAGUUAG